AUGGCGGAAAAUGAAGAUGCGUUCACGAUGGCGGCUCAAGACGAGGCCAUCAUAGCAAGAAAUCAUGAUGAAUUGGCAGUGAGAGGACAUGACCAAUCGCGGAAACACGAUUCUGCAACUCCCGAAAUGGUGGUAGAUGAUGAGGAAAGCCCAUUGCUUCCACUCAAGUCGCACACGAACACGACUCCCAGCAGGAACACCUCACCCAACCGUACAGACAGGAUCACCGAGCCGUGGACAGCAUUUGAAGGAUUACCUUGGUACAAGAGGCCAUCAAUCUACUGGCUACUACCUGCAUUCUUCCCUUUCUGUCUGGCUUGGGGCGGACUCAUUGUCCCGAAGACAUAUCUGGUUCUUAACUUGAUAUGUCAAGAUUACCUGUCUGACCGAGCUGUUGCCGAUCCGAACUUCCACACUCUGCCUCUUAUUCUAGGAGAACAGAACGACCAAUGCCGGGACGCACAUGUCCAAGCCCUGGUUGCCAGGUUUCAACUAUAUUCUGGAUUACUCUCUGGCAUAUUCUCCGCGUUUGUAGCCCCGUACUUGGGUGCACUGUCUGACCGAGUUGGCCGCAAGAAGAUUAUCGGAUUUUCGACCUUGGGAAUAUUCAUCGAGGGGAUUGCCUACCUCAUGGUAGGCACUCACCCGCAAGCAAUAUCAGUAUACUGGCUCCUUCCUGCAUUCCUGCUUGAUGGUAUCUGUGGAUCCUUCACUUCAGUCAUGGGCAACUCGCUAGCCUACGCAACCGAUUGCACUCCUCCUGAGCGUCGCAAUGUCGCUAUCGGCUACUUCCACGGUACACUUUUUGCGGGCAUCGCUAUUGGCCCCAUGUUAGCCGGCGCUAUGAUGAAAUGGACUGGCGGCCUCCUGGUUGUGUUUUAUUACUCCAUUGGCAGCCAUCUAUUUUUCAUCCUCUUUCUUUUCAUCUUGGUACCUGAAUCGGUAUCCACAACCCGCCAGGACCAUGCCUGGGAGAAAUAUAGAAUCAAGAAGGUAGAAACGCAGGAAGAAUCAUGGUUGGACACGAUCAAGAAGUACAAUGUCUUCGAGGCUCUAUCGAUUCUUCGCCCCAGGGGCCCUGGAACAAGCAACGCCCUUCGCCGCAAUUUGACGCUUCUCGCCGCUAUCGACACCAUCAUGUUCGGAGUCGCAAUGGGGACAAUGGGAAUCAUCCUUAUCUAUCCGCAAUAUCUCUUCGGCUGGGACCCAGUCCAAGCCAGCAGCUUCCUUACCAUCGCCAACGUUUGUCGAGUCACCAGUCUGCUUGUCGUCCUCCCUCUUAUCACCCGUCUAUUCCGGAAACCAGUUCCAGCUGGCGGAAAAUCUGCUCAUCGUGGCGCAGAUAUGCUAGAUAUCCGCAUUGUCCGGGUGGCCAUCCUUCUCGAUCUCAUCGGUUAUAUAGGUUACGCAACCGCAAUGACCGGCGGCAUGAUGGUUGCGUCUGCUAUGAUUGCGGCCUUUUCCGGCGUUGGAUCGCCGACUCUGUCUUCAGCAAUAACGGCUCAUGUUCCACCGGAUCGGACGGGCCGGGUGCUGGGAGCUCUGGGUUUAUUGCAUGCAGUGGCGAGGGUGAUUGCGCCAACUGUUUUCAACACCAUAUACAGCCUCACCGUUGGACAUUUCACCCAGGCUGUUUUUGUGUGUUUGGGUUCUUUGUUUUUGGUCGUGUUUGUGCUGAGCUGGUUUCUGAAACCUGGUGUCUCGUAUGAUGAACCAGACGUGUCUUACCCACACGCCUCAUCACCUACGGAAGAAUCUUCCAGUACAGCGAACGCCUAA